UAUUAAUUGAAAAGUAUAAGUAGAAAACUGACUCCUCUCGUAGUAUUAUAGAGAGAUGGUUUUUUCUUUUGACCUAGCCGUCACCUUACAACGGGAGACAAUAAGAAUGGAGAGGAGAGACAUAUGUAAGAGCCAUGAACCGUCGCAAGAGAUUCCUUUUGAUCUUGUGAUUGAUAUUCUCAGGAGACUCCCUCCUAAAUCCCUUAUGCGGUUCAAAUCUGUCUCAAAGCUCUGGUCAUCCUUGAUUUGUUCCAAAUAUUUUUCCAACCUUUUUCGAAAAGUUUCAUCACCACGGCCGCGUCUAUACAUGUGGUUGGGCAUCGACAACAUGAAUGUAUUAUUAUCAUCAUCCUCUUCUCCUGACUUUAAUGUUAGUACUAUGUCAUCCUUAGUAGUUGACCAAGAUUUAACAAUCCCAGCGAUGGAAGGCUACUCCGUCUCUCAAGUUUUUCACGGUUUGAUGUGCUUUACCAAUGAGCAAAGUGCUAAAAUAUAUAACACUACCACUAGACAGCUUGUUGUCUUACCCGUCAUAGAAGAAUCUAGCAUCCUAGUUGAAAACGACAAGUCUAAGAGGACCAUGUACUGUAUCGGACACGAUUCUGUUCAUGAUCAAUAUAAAGUGUUUUGCACUGUUUCAAAACGUGGAGAGAGAGUUGGGAACUUAGUAACAUGGGUGUCAGAGCAUUGGGUCUUGCUACUAGGAGGACGAGAUGUAUCAAGUCGAUGGAGAAAUAUUCCAAGUAGCUGUCUACCACAUCGUCCUUUAACACAGUUUAAUACGGUCAAUAUCAAUGGCUGUAUGCUUUAUUACCUCGCUAGGACGCAUUUGUCUAAGUGUGUGCUUGUGAGUUUCGAUAUGAUUUCUGAAGAAAUCAGUGUACCCCAACUACCUGAGGAUCUUGUCUUUUGGCCGCGACUGCCUAUUAUGAUUGACAUUGUAGAAUGGGAUGGAAGAGUAGCUUUUUUAGACUAUCCUGUUUGUGAAAACGAAGGUGAUGCUUUUGAAAACGAAUGUGUGAUGAAGGUAUGGGUUAUGGAAGAUGCAGAGACGAAUCUGUGGUCGAGUAAGACAUUAGUGAUUCCUCCUUCUCAGAUGAAUAUACUCAACAUGCCUGUGGUCGAUAACUUGAGUUUGAUGCCACGAGGUACAACUAGAGAAGGCGAGGUUAUCCUUGUACCUCAAAAUAUAAGGUAUUCUAAGCGAACUCUCAACAUUAGCAUCGACCCACAAGAAACAACUGAUUUCUAUGUUUUUCUUUACAAUAUUCAAAAGAACCAUAUGAGAAAAGUUGAAAUCACAAAAUCAUCAAGCCGUUAUGUAACAACAAAGUGGGAUGUUAUUGGAUUGGAUGAUGUUGAGAACUUGAUGUAUCUCUAAACGCUUGAGCGUUUUUGUUGUUGUUCUCCUUUUGUUUGGAAACGUUUGAUCUAAUUUUGUUUCAAUGUAUUUGUGGGUAAAUUCAUGCUCCAAUAAUGGUACACUAUUCUGUACUAUCUUGUGUAAUAGACAAAACAGCACACCAAAAAAUAGUAUCUCCUUUAUACAAAUGCUGACUACAAUCAUGCAUGAAUGGGACAAGGGUAUAUAGAAGAAUCUGGUCUUUUUCUGUGCAAGGGCUCCAUCAGUUUCAGAAACCAGAAGAAUCUUCCUUAUUGAGGAUCCUAUCUCUGCAAACUUAUCUCCACUUUUAUGUAUGCCUUGAGCGAGCUUCUGUUCGAGUAAAAUCUGCAGCAAGCUGUUUGUUAUGAUGUGGUUCCAAAGAGAGCCUUCUUUAUAAGUUGGUGCCUUAAUAUUAAUGUAAAGGCCUUGGUCUAAAGUCACGGAAGCAAAAGAAGUCUACAAUCUUUGUGCAUUGACAUCCUAGCUUCUUUGCAACUAGUAAAUUACUGGUUUUACUACAAUAUGUACAUGAAGCAGCUCAUGUAUAACAUAAACCUUUUUUUAACAGAUGAAACUAUUAAUUUGAUACAAAAACAUGGGAUAUUUCAUGGGAUCUUGUGAUAUAUUAAGGAAAAAUCAAAUAAAAAAAAUUGAAGGAAGAAUACAAAAAGUAGGAAAACGUUUUAUAUUUCCUACCAGUACGGUACUGUGUGAACUAUAAUUUUCAACCAUCAAAAUAUUGAACGUAUUCAAAUCAAAAUU